AUGGGCCUCCCCAAUGGUUUUCCUUACACAACGGUCCUGCGUUUUCCGCAUCCAGUAGGUCCCUCCAACUCGCUUGAUGUCGUCAGUCCAGCUGAUGAGGGGUCUACCGACACUGCACUUCCCGGUUCGAGGUCACUGGCAACCUCGUUUCGGGAAGCGAAGUGUCAAUGUGUUGCUCAAGCUAAGUAUGACUUCACAAAUCUAGCGAAAUAUGAAACGCAAAGGGGUCUUGUUGACCAUUCUACAACCAAGCUUAGACUUACCGAUGGUCUUAAAAGUCAAGGAUAUGAUCCACUGGCCACUAAUGCGGUCGGACUUGAUUUCUCAUCGCAAUGUACAGGCAGCCACAUGUCAAAUAUUUUAACUAAAAUCUUAGUUCUUAAGGCGCAAGGUAUACGACAGAGCAAGCGCAAGUACAUCCACGCAAGUAGCGUCCCAUACAAGAAGACGACCCUGCUACCAAAGAAUCAGCGUCAUUCUGUCAGUUGUCUUGCCGACGCCGGCUUUAGAACCGGCACAUUGCUAAAAAAAGCUGCUGUUAAUAUGCCCUCCCACUUUAUGCGUUUAGAUAUUUCUUAUAAAGCUAACUCAAAUAGAAAGACGCCUGAAAUAAACAAAUAUUUUAAUAAAGUGGAAAAUGUUUAUGUACUCAUUUUCUUAAUAACUGUUUGUUUACCCAAACAAAUAGAAAAAAAAGAAAUGAAGGCUAAUUGGUUCAAAGCGCAACAAUACUGCCGGUUCCACGGGAUGCAUCUCGCCUCCAUAUCAUCGCAGCAGGAGAACGACAAACUGGAGCAGUACGUCAAAGACUCAGGUAUGGACGAUCCGACGGUUUUCACAUAUCUCACGCUCAUUUUCUUUAAUAAUGUUAUUACCAAUACAAAAGAAAAAAAAGAGCGCGAGAAAAUUUUAAAACCUUCGGCGGUCAGAAAUAACAAAGAAAUCGUAAGCGAUAGCGAUAGCCACAGCAAUCCCGUAAGGCGUUUGGCUCUCUGGGCGAUGCCGGCUAUGCUUUUUCACGAGCACGGAUACGGCCGCGAACACUUCUGGACGUCAGGCACCGACUUGGCGGAGGAAGGCAACUUCUUCUGGAUGGCGAACGGCAGACCGCUGACCUUCGUCAACUGGAACGCUGGUGAACCAAACAACUUCCGCUACGAGAACGGGGAAGAGGAGAACUGCCUAGAACUGUGGAAUAGAGAUGAUAAGGGACUCAAGUGGAACGACUCCCCUUGCUCUUUCGAAACUUUCUUCAUUUGCGAAGUCAGAUCGGACUGA